AUGGACCGUGAGGUCUUGUCCGCCGUGUCCGAACCGGAUCGGUUAUUGGCACAUCAACACUUGCAUUCGACCGGGGCCGAACUGUCCCUAUCCAACGGCAAUUCAUCGUCCGCCUCGUCGUCGUCGUCGUCCUCCUCCUCCUCCUCGUCCGCAUCAUCCGCAUCCACAUCAGCAGCCGCAUCGUAUGCGGAUCGUUCAUUGUCCUAUUUGAUUACCGGUACGGGGACAGUGUCACAUCACAAACCGCAACAGCAACAUCUUCCAUUGCAUUCGUUACAGACCCAACAGACUCUUGCACAUCCACCUCCAGCACUACCUCUCUAUCCUCAACAUCCACCACCGCCGCCACCACUACCAUUACCAUCACAAUCGACACAACAUCAUCUCUCUCAGUCACAUCAUACGCAUCAUAUUCAACAACAAUCUCAUCCGCAACCGGAUACGGACUGUGCAACAGGUGUUUCGACUCACGAGCGAGCUCGAACAGGCUUAGUACUAACAAUGGAUUUACUAUGUGCGUCCCAUCCCGAUCUGUCGGGGAUCAAGGAACCGCAAGGCACACCGGUCCGUUCCGCCACCCAAUCCACUCCCGUCUCCUCGCCGUCAGUCGCGUCCACACCCAGUGCACGUCAGUCCGGGUUCAAUGUCAGUCCAUCCGCGUUGACCGAACUGGACUCAGUCGGGCCGAUGAGACAGGAUUCCGGUGUGGACACAUCAAUGCCCCCGAAAAAGCUGUAUAGUGAUGAUAUCCCCGUGCUCGAUUCCUUUCCUGGCUACUACGGAUUCGACCUGUUUCGUCCGCUGUGCGGAGACACGUACGAGGCAGCCGAGACAAAACCGAGCACAUCGUUUUUCUUCUUCAAAGAUGAACAAGGCUGGACUAAUUUGUACUCAAAGAAAACCCCUGCCUGGUGGACUCUUUCCUAUUGGUGUCAAACGCAACCUCCAGAAGGUUCGUUUUUACGUCUGACUCCGGUGUACGGGACUUCGGACAAACAACAAGAAGUAAUCCAGAGAUGUUUUGAGGAUUUUAUGGCCAUGCCAACCAAUUCACUUGCCCGAUACAGUAUCAUUGUAGUCGGCAACUCCUCGGCCGAUUAUUUCUACGAUCCAAACACCGAAAGACUGUGUGUGACGUUGCCAUAUGAACGACCAAAAGGUGAGUUCACCAGUCAUCUCACAGAUUACUGA